AUGGUUGAAGUUAUGGGCCCGAAUGGACGAGACCUGGUUUUCAGGGCCUGGACACCACAGGACAUUGAAGAGAAUGCUAAGUCUCUUCCUGAUCCCACCCUGUGUGGUGAGAAGUUUGCCACUGCUUUCACUGACUUCUGCAAGGAACUGCGUCCAACAGGUGCUGAGAUUUGCAGAGUUCUCGCACGCAAACUAAGAGCAACUGAACUGGCAAAGAUUCAUAACAAACUGCCUGAAAUGGGACUGCGAGUUCUUAACCCAGAUUGGGAUCAUGCGGACAAUCAAGGGUUCGUGAAUGCAGUCAACGGCCUGGCCGAAGAAAUUAAGAAAACUUUCCCCACAAAAAUCAACAUGACGAGCAUCUACACCUGCAAGCAGAAGGCUGACGAGUCCACAGACGACUUCAUCGAAAGAGUGAUAGAGUGUGUCACACGUCACAGUGGACAGCCAAAACCUUCCACACUGGGGGUGGACGAGGAGGAAGAGGCCAAGGAGGGAGAGGCAGAGGAGGAAGAAACCGAGAAAGAUCCUGGCCAGAACAGAGGAACCCGGGGCAAGAGGAUGUCUGUCAUUGCUGUGGGAAAAGAGGCCAUUGGUGGAAGGACUGUCGGGUUCGUAAGGGUCGCCCUUCGCGGCGUCAGGAAGCAGAUUGACGCUGUUCCUUCUGAACUGUGGGCAAAGAAUAAAUAUGAUGUUGGUCUCAUCAAAGGGUGUGAACCAGUCAUCGUAACCCCUAAAUCAGAUUACAGACCCUGUCAGAAACGGUACCCUCUGAAACAGGAAGCAGUUGAGGGCAUCAGACCUGUUUUCGAAUCCCUUCUAAAAGAAGGGGUGAUCAUUGAAUGUCCAAAUUCACCCGUGAGCUCGCCUUUAUUCCCUGUGAAAAAGGUGAGAGACCAGGGCAAGCCAGUUGAGUGGAGAUUCAUCAUAGAUUUGCAGAGGGUGAAUUCAGCUGUAAUUGGUCGAACGCCUGUACUACCGAACCCUACCACGAUCUUGUCGCAGAUUCCUAUGGAUGCUGCGUUUUUCUCUGUCAUUGAUUUGUCCAACGCUUUUUUCAGUGUGCCAGUCCACAAGGACUCGCAGUACUGGUUUGGUUUCCAAUUCGAAGGGAAACUUUACACUUUCACGCGUUUGGUCCAAGGCUACACAGAGAGUCCGACUAUCUUCAAUGCAGCUCUGAAGGCUAGUCUGGACUCUCUGCAGCUGCGUCCAGGUACAACGCUGGUCCAGUAUGUCGACGACAUUCUUCUCUGUAGUCCCACAAAACAGCAAUGUGAGGAGGACACAGUUGCUCUUUUGAAGCACCUCCAUUCUGAGGGACACAAAGCCUCUCUAUCUAAGCUGCAGUUUGUGCAGCCUCAAGUGACCCUUUUGGGUCACCACAUCUCUUCAGAGGGCAGGACUCUAUCACCUAAGCGUGUGGCUGCAGUUCAAAACAUCCCUAAGCCUGUCACGAAGAAGCAGCUUCUGUCUUUCUUGGGAAUAACAUCUUACUGCAGAAACUUUGUUCCAAACUACUCAUUGCUGGAAGCUCCUCUGAGUGCCAUCAUGCAUGGUAAAGAUCUUCAACCUGCUGAUAAGCUUACUUGGACAUCUGAAGCCGAGUCUGCUUUUUCUCAGCUUAAAUUAGCUUUACAGCAGGCCCCUACCUUGGGUCUUCCGGACCCUAAAAAACCUUUUGUUCAGGCUGUUGAUGAGAAACAUGGAUGCAUGACCUCUGUCCUCAUGCAGGACCAUGGUGGGAAGUUGAGACCAGUAGCCUAUUAUUCUGGGAAACUGGAUCCAGUUGCGGCGGGACUGCCUGGCUGUCUCAGGGCAGUGGCUGCAGCUGAGCGGGCUGUUUUAGCAUCACGUGACAUCGUGGGCUAUUCUGAACUAACAGUGCUUGUGCCUCACAACGUUGCCAUCAUUCUUCUAGAACAAAAGACUUCACAUCUUUCUGCAGCGCGCUGGCUGAGGUACACUUCCAUCUUGCUGGACUUGCCAAACAUCACUGUGAAGAGGUGCAAUGUGUUAAAUCCAGCUACACUUCUUCCCACUCCUGAGGAUGGGGAUCCGCAUAACUGUGUGUCGGUGCUGGAGGAAGUUUGCACACCACGACCUGAUCUUUCUGAUGUUCCAGUGGAGAACCCAGAUUUGCAGUUGUUUGUUGAUGGUUCGGCUUACAGGGAUCGUAUCACUGGUGUGAAUCGGGUGGGAUUCGCUGUUUGCUCAUCGCAUGAGACCCUGUUUUCGGGUUCUCUUCCUAAACACUUUUCAGCGCAAGCAGCUGAACUGGUGGCUCUGACUGAGGCCUGCAAGUUGGCAAAGGGGAAGACGGUAAACAUCUUUACGGAUUCCCGGUACGGAUUUGGUGUGGUUCAUGACUUUGGUGCCCUAUGGAAACAUAAGAAGUUCUUGAAAUCGAAUGGAAAGCCAAUUCUGAACUCUAAGCAGGUUGCACACUUGUUAGAGGCCAUCUUGUUGCCCAAGGUCAUUUCAGUGUGCCGGUGCGCAGCUCACUCCUCAACUGGUGAUGUUAUCUCGCAGGGGAACAGGAGGGCCGAUGCAGCUGCGAAGCGUGCGGCUGGGAAAGCUCCUCUGUUCACUGCCUUUUCCUCUUCUGAGGGCAAGGAGGAGGGUACACCCCCAUGUUCUUCCUCACUCACAGACUUGAGUGCGAUACAGAGUUUUGCGUCUGCUGGUGAGAGGCGACUGUGGGCUUCUUCUGGAGCGAAGUGCAGAGAUAACAUUUGGUAUGGACCAAAUGGGUUACCAUGCUUGCCAAAACACUUCUUCCCACACUUUGCAAAGCUAACCCAUGGCUUAGACCAUUCCUCAUUCAUCAGCAUGGCAGCUGCUUUAAAACCUCAGUGGUUCACUAGAGGCUUCAGCUUUUAUGCAAAAAGGUUUUGUCAAUCAUGCAUGAUCUGCUGUUCAUUCAAUGCAGGGCGUGCUCCUCAGAGGACCCUAGGUGCACACCCACCUCCUGGUAAGCCAUUUGACCACAUCAUGAUGGACUUCAUUGAACUGACUCCUUCUGAAGACAGUGAAGGAAGCAUUGCCUGUGGCAGCCGACAGAGCCCUCCAUUCGUUCCGUCCAGGAGACUGGGUUCUGAUUCGGAACUUCCACAGGAAGCAUUGGAGAUCCAAACGCUGGCUGGGUCCAUUCCAGGUGCUCCUCACGACGCACGCGGCAGUGAAGGUCGAACAGCGAGUUCCUUGGAUCCACGCAUCGCACUGCAGGAAGGUGCCACCGCCGCGGGAGACCGACUGAUCGCAGGACAAGAAAAAUCACACACUGGCAUCAUCAUCCACCUGAGCCACCGAGCUGGCUGUGAGGACUGCGGCCCACCACAAGUUUGGUUCCUAGCAAGAAGAGGCGGGUGAAGAACACUGCUCCGACGGAAUCACAAUAACAUUCCGGGCAGUGAUUUGCGUUGCUUGCCUCCAGAGACUGAUUCAACAGAGUUUGUUUUGACACGGCUGAUCUGUGGAACACAGCGGUUCCAAGAACUAGAUUUGUUUGCUCAUUGCUUAUGCUCCCUAAAUAUCAGAGAACUGACUGAAA